AUGGCUGAUCAGACGCGUAGCAGCGAUGCUUCUGUGGCGGCAGGCGAGCGCAUGCUGAAGCGAUGCCUGCGAUGGAAUCCGACGGUCCGAUUCCUCCGCGAGUCGCUGGAGCGCGCCGGGUGCGUCGUGAGCGAUGAGUUCUUCUCCGCGCGCCGAUGCGACGAGCAGGCGGGCGGCGGCUUCAUGCCCGGCGAGGGGGUGGUGGUGUGUGCGAACCACGUGGGGCGGCAGGACGAGGUGAACGUGGUGGUGGCGCACGAGCUCGUGCACGCCCUCGACCACUGCCGCGCAAAGAACCUGCAAUGGCCUGAUCUGCGCCACCACGCCUGCAGUGAGAUCCGGGCGGCCAACCUGAGCGGGGCGUGCCACAUGCACCGCGAGUUCAACACGAGGGGGCCCGACUUUGUCUUCCGCAACGGCCACCCGCAGUGUGUGCGGCGCAAGGCACAGCUGUCAGUCGCCAUGAACCCCUUCUGCUCCGAUGCUGGACCCCCCUCUGCCUCUGCCACUGCCCCUGCCACCACCGCCACCACCACCACCGCCAACGGCAGCAGCGCCAGUGGCAGCAGUGCCAGUGGCAGUAGCAGUGGCAGUGAUGCGACUAGCUCGGGCAGCAGCAGUGCAGCGUGCAUGGCUCGGGCACGGGCGGCGGUGGAUGCGGUGUGGGACGUGUGCUACCAUGACACCACUCCCUUCGACCGCAUCCCAUGA